AUGAGUCAGGAGUUGCGUGCUGGUCCAUCAACUGCAGGAUAUGGCAUCAACGACGAUGAACCAGCGACGUCAGUCCAACCUCAGGCUCCCCGUCACCGUACAAACCGACCUGGCACUGGUGCUGGAGGAAGAAAUUCUCAGCUAGAGAAGAUCGGGAAUGCUAUCCAGACUCCAGACAGAGCACCUGGCAAAUCAAAGGUUUGGAAUGUCGUUGUUCCUGUUGAUGAGCCCGAAAAUGUGAUGGCUCCGCUAGUGACAAAGAAGAAGGGGAGAGGAAAAGCGGCACCUCGCCAGCUUGAGAGGAACUUGAGUGUAAUAGAGGCAUCCGAGUCAGGCCCCACUGCCACAGGUCCCACACCUGCUCUACACGUCAUGGACCAAGGAAGGUUUGGAUUUCAGGAUCGUCCAAUUCCCUCAGCAUAUGUCGGUUCCAAACCGCUCCAGUCCCAUCAAACAGAACUUCAGCCUGACUUGACGAUACCUCCUGCCCAGCCCUAUGGUGCUUCUCACAGUACUUCUCGUGGUGCUUCUCGUGGUGCUUCUCGUGGUGCUUCUCGUGGUGCUUCUCGUGGUGCUUCUCGUGGUGCUUCUCGUGGUGCUUCUCGUGGUGCUUCUCAUGGUGCUUCUCGCAGCGUCUCUCAUGGCACCUCUCUUCAUGACACUCAGGCUGAUGGAAUCAGAAUUCCAGCCAUCCAGCAUCCCGUUGUUUCUCGUGACGUUCCUCAGUCUGUCAACACUCAUAUUGUUUCUCACAAAGUUCCUCGGUCUGUCAGCAACCAACGCUCAGGCUCAUCUAUUCCCAUCAACUCUGCCGUUCAGCAUGAGCAUCGACCACCAUAA